CAAGUGGGUUUGUCAGUAUAAGAUUAUAAAUCCAUUAUAUAAUGUGCAUCUAAAUAACCUUAACAUUUAGAAAGAAAAAAAUUUUAAUUUCCUUUAAUACAUCGUCAUUAUAUUGAUAUGAUAGGGAAUACUUUCUUAUCAGUUAGACCGUAGAAAAUGAUAAUUCACAUCAGUCUUGGUUGAAUCGUCGCGCCAAUACUAUAUAUAACAAUAGUAAAAUUAAUUUUAUUUUUGUGCUCUCUGAAAAAUUCUACUCUAUAUAGCGCAUGGGAGGUCGAUCACAUUGUAUAUAGUGUGCAAAUUAUCUCUGGUAAUACCAGACGCAUACUACAAUAUAAGUGAUCGUUUAUUUAAACUGUUUUUAAUUGUAUGCUAAUUAUUAUAACGACACAUAACAGACGCUCUUAUUUUAUCCGAUAUGAUAUAUUAGAGAAGUAUUUAUUCAAAUAUUGUUUGAUUGUGUUUCUUCAUUUUGAUUUUCUUAAUAUUUUUAAGAAAAUUCAACAAUUUUUCAACAAUUAAGAGAAUGUCGGGAAUAAAGAAUGAAGAAUUUGGUUUAGAGGACGCUGUGGAAGAGUUUGCAAUGACAUCGUUGGGAAAAUUAAUAUUUGUCGAUUCACAUUCAAGACAUUCUAAAUCACUUUCAUCUGAUGAAUCUUCGAAUUUAGAUUUCAAUGAAUCAUUAUCAUUGGCUUUCGAAAGUCUCUUUCACAUGCCAUAUGAUAUAAUUGAGAAUUAUGCUAAUUCAAUAAAUACACUUGAUAUCAGUCACAACAAAUUUAGCAGAAAUUUGCAAUUUUUAUCGGAGUUUGAAAAUUUGACGUCACUCAAUUUGGAUCACAACAAUAUUGAUUCAUUUACGAUAUUUCCAUAUAUGCCAAAACUUCAGUUACUUUGGAUUAAUCAUAAUCAAAUAGACGAUCUCUUUCCAUUUAUAAAAAGUCUUUACGAAAGCUUACCCAAUCUGCGUUAUCUUUGUCUGAUGGGAAACAAAGCAGCACCAAGUUAUCUCAACGGAGGCAGCUUCUACGAUUAUCUUCAGUAUAGGUUAGUCGUGAUAUCGUGGUUCCCCCGAUUAAUUCAUUUGGACGAUAGAAUCAUCACAGAUGAACAACGAUUAGAGGCAACGAGACUCUUUAAAAGGCCUCUGUUGGAACAAUUUACCGAAAAUGCAGUAAUUCCUGAGUGCAUUAAAGUUUUUCAUAGCAAAUUAUCAAAUAUGUUUGUCAAAAAUUCACUACCCGAGAAACUUCAAAUGUCAAAAAAUUCAAAUUUUAUUAUUUGAAACAGUAUUAGUUGAAUUUUCGGAAUAGGAAAUUACAUUUAUUGCCAUGUGGCAACCUACCGAUACAAAUUCUUUAGAAACUCAUACUAAAAACUUAUUGAAAGCGCAUUAAGGUAAUAAGUUUUCAAGAAGUUUCCAGUUUCUAAUGAUUUCGUAUUAGUAGGACGUGAAUUUAAAAAAAACGAAUUCCGUCCGAAAUUUCAGAUGAAGAAUUUACUAGGAAUUAUAUAUAUUUAAAGACCAAAAACACGAAAAGACUGUAAAAAUCCUUUUCACAAAACUUGUAUAUUAGGUUAAAAAAAAGAAUCGUGAGAUUUCGAAUUUUCUGUGUUCAAUUUUGAAAACUAAUUUUUCUACUUUUCAGAUUUUACAUACACUUUAGAGAAACAAAUUAUACAAUGUUUUUUUAGAAUAUAUAUAUCGAAAAAUUUGUCAAGUUUUUCAGCAAAGUUUUUAUAAGAAAUUGCACGUUUUCCAUUUUUUUAAAAAAUGAAAAUAACUUUUUUUAAAAAAAUAUAUAUAUAUAUAUAUAUGUAAACGACAUAUUUUUAAUAAACGCAUAUAAUGUAUGUUAGGAAAUAAAUUAAAAUAAUUAUAAUUGA